AUGCUCUCAGCUAUCCACCCAUUUCGAAGGCCUAUGUGCAGCGAACACCUGGUCGGGGCCGCCGAGGAGGAGUCACGGAAGCGUCCUACCUUUGUUCCUCCAACGGGAGCAGGCGAGUCUGCUAAGCCAGAAUGCAUGAGUACCGUUAGAUACAUCCGCGUCCCAGGUCCCUGGGAGAGAGAGGCAAGACCGGACCUACCACCAGAGUGCUUCGAAGCACGGGAGCCGCGGCCUGGCGAAGUGAUAUAUGUGACCAAAGGCAAUCGUGUAGCUACGGGAGGGACCGCAUUUAUUGAACAGUUGCCAUCUGGGAACAUAGUCAAAACCCCCAAACCACACCCCCUCCUCUAUAAAAAACAUUGCUACAAUAUGUGCUUGGAGGCUUCGAUAUACGAGAAGAUUGGUAGUCAUAGAAGUAUACCACGAAUCGUCGAAUGGGACUCGAAAUCUUGCUGCCUUACAAUGGAGUAUAUGGAGAACGGCAAUCUUCGCGAGUAUAUCCGAGAAAACCACGACAAUAUAACCCUCGAGCUCCGCUACCGAUGGGCAAGGCAGGCUGCUGAAGGCCUGAGUGUUGUUCAUUCUGUUGUUGCCGUACACUGCGACAUCUCGCCAAGAAACUUCUUGCUCGAUGGCGACCUAAACUUAAAGAUUUCGGAUUUUGGCGGUGGGUCGCUAUUGGGUUCUACGCCGUCCGUAGUUUCCGGUACGCGAUUCUUACCUCCCGGCUUUGACGAGGAUGCCCCGCCAGCUUUCAAAGACGAUAUAUUUAGUCUAGGAUCCUUGAUUUAUUUCAUAAUGGUAGGGAAAUACCCCCACGAAGAGGCUCCAAGCGAUGAGGUUGAGAAGCUAUAUGGAAUGUAUAUGUUCCCUGAUAUAACGCACGUCAGUUGCGGAGCAGUCAUCAAACAAUGUUGGGAGAUGCAACUAGAUACAGCUCAAGAGUUGCAUGACCGCCUGGAGGCUCUUGCACCUGCCCGCUGCCCGGAUACUGAACCUCCAGCUUUAGUAGUUCUCACCGAGUACCAUACCUAG